AUGGCUUGCAGAAGUUGCAGAAGAGCCCUGCUCAGGGACUUAUCAUCGAGGCCGAGCCUCUUUGCAAGCGGCUCCGAUAUCCAGUACACGGCAGCGAAACAACUAAGCCGACAAAUCAUUGCAACAGCCCCCCACCAUCAACAGCAGCAACAACAAAAGAGAGGUUUCCGGAGUACGGCGACCGCUGCCGCCGAAAAGUCAUCAUGGAUUCCCGAGUCGGUCCGCAAUCUGGGAGGCAUGAUUCUCAAGUCCACUAGCGAGCCGUACAUGGUACACGCCGCCACAGAGAACGUGUACAAGAUUUGCGCCGCCGAGGCCGCAUAUACCAUCUCCGAGACCGAUAAACGAAACGGAACGGUGAAAACGACAGAGGAGGGCGAGGAGAUUGGCACAGGGACUACAUUGUGGCAUACUGACUUUGAUCUGCCUCCCACAUUCAGUACCUGGUCGCAAAUCACCAUGCUGCACCUUUACGUCGUGUACGCACGGCUGCGAAACCAGCCCUUGGACGCGGCCCGAUCGUGGCAAAAGCAGCUGACGGACCACUUCUUCUUCGACGCCGAGGAGCGCAUGGAUCUGGUCCACGGCAUCACGUCGCGGGGCCUGCGCCACCGGUACCUCAAGGACCUCUUCAUCCAGUGGCGCGGCGCCAUCGCCGCCUACGACGAGGGCGUGGCAAAGGGCGACGCCGUGCUGGCCGCCGCCGUCUGGCGCAACGUCUACAAGGCCCGCGACGACGUCGACCCCCGCCGCCUCGCCGCCAUUGUCAGCUGGAUUCGCGCCUGCCUCCGCAGCCUCGACCAGACCCCCGACUUUGCCCUCUUUCGCGGCGGCGCCAAUACCGCCUUCUCCGUCGCCGCCAAGAAUGAGUUCCGGCUCGUCGAUGUCCCCGCGCGGGAGCUCGAGGGCGUGUUGCCUAGUGCGGCGACGUCUGCGCAAACCCAGGGAAGUGCGCCGCGUGUGGUGAAGGAGGCCGUUUAA